CAUGAGUGGGAAAUCGCUGCUGCUGAAAGUCAUCCUCCUAGGAGAUGGUGGCGUUGGGAAGAGCUCCCUCAUGAACCGCUACGUCACCAACAAGUUUGACUCGCAGGCCUUCCACACCAUUGGGGUGGAGUUCCUCAACCGAGACCUGGAGGUGGACGGGCGCUUUGUGACCCUCCAGAUCUGGGACACAGCGGGGCAGGAGCGCUUCAAGAGCCUCCGGACCCCCUUCUACCGGGGAGCGGACUGCUGCCUGCUGACCUUCAGCGUCGAUGACCGGCAGAGCUUUGAGAACCUGAGCCACUGGCAGAAGGAGUUUGUCUGCUACGCCAAUGUGAAGGAUCCCGACCACUUCCCCUUCGUGGUCCUGGGCAACAAGGUGGACAAGCUAGAGAGGCAGGUGGCCACUGAAGAGGCCCAGGCUUGGUGCAUGGAGCACGGCAACUACCCGUACCUGGAGACGAGCGCCAAGGACGACACGAACGUGGCAGUGGCCUUUGAGGAAGCCGUCCGGCAAGUCCUAGCCGUGGAGGAGCACAUGGAGCACUGCGUGCUCGGCCACACCAUCGACCUACGCACCAGUUCCAAGGCAGGGGGCUCCUCCUGUUGUUGAGAGCAGCCCAGUCAUGGAACUAGAGGGCCGGAACUGGCCACCCAAAAGGGGAGGUGCAGAAGGUGGCCCAAAAGGCUCAGGGCGCUGGAGGUAGCCGUUCCUCCACCGUAGCGUUCCCAACAAUCAAUUGAGUGAAGCACCAAGCCUCCCAGAGUUAUAGGGACAUGGGAAGAUGCUGCCGGGUCAGACUCCUUGUCUGUCUGGCCCAAGAGGGUCACCUCCCACUGGCAGCAGCUCUCCAGGGUUUCAGGCAGAGAAAGGCUUCUUUCCCGUCAUCUGCUACCCAAUCCCCGUAGCUGUAAAGAUGCUGAGGAUUGGACUGGGAGCCUUUGGCCUGCAAAGCAGGUGCUCUACCAUGGAACUGUGGCCCCUUCAUAAGGCGGGUGGCCAGAGCUGAAGUUUGCAUCAAGAGCUGUGGGUGCCACCAUGAACUGGCAACGUGUCUUGAAGCCCUCUGCUCCAGCUGCCCUGCAGAAUGGUCCUGUCAAAGCAAACAGGGUUGGCGGGGACUUUUAGGAGGGCAAAAAGUGAGCCAAGCCAGAAUCUCCACCACCCCCUGCCCCGUCUUGAUGAGCUUUGGGGGAGCCAAGCACUGGAGUGCGCUACUGCUCUUUUGACCACCUGCCCUUCUCUUUGCUCCUCCUGUGCCCAUGAUUGCUGCUCCUGCUCAACUCCCUUUGGGUGUUUAGGUUUUACAAAAGUCUCUUGGGUCCAGAGGAGCUCCGUCUCUGAUGGGAGGAGCCUGUGGAGGUUUGGGAGAGGAGGGGACUGGAAGGGAAGGCCACUGGACAGGGGAGAGCCCCACAUCGGCUGGGUCUGAAAGGGCACUCAGGCCCUGCUUAUCAUAGAAUAGCAGAGUUGGAAGGGGCCUACAAGGCCAUCGAGUCCGACCCCCUGCUCAAUGCAGGA